AUGCCUCGUCAUCGAGGAACCUCAGGCUAUGCCCGCCUCGCACAAGCAGACGAAGAAGAUGGGCCACUCGCCGACGAAGAUUCUGGCGAUGAGACCUACAACAACACCCCAUUAAGUACUCGAUAUGCUUCAAUUCAGCCUGGCCCGCGCGAGCACAUGCGCCCCGGGCCUUACGAUCGAAGACGAGCCUCGAGACGGAUGAGGAGUAACUCGUCCGGGGUAGACAUCAAAGCGAUAAAUGCUCGGUUAGAAAAAUGGGCGGAGGAAAUCGCCUCCAAAUUCAAGAUCAAUUCAGUCAAGGGCAAGACGCAGGAUGAAGAACAAUUGGAGAUUCACCAUUCAGUUUUUCAAGCCCCACCGGGAGUCCAUCCUUAUACUGCGGAAGAGCUGGCUGCUUAUGAAGCCUCGGAGACGCAACGCAUGACCAAGGCAGAGUUUGACGCGAUUGUGGAAAGUGUGAGGGUGGCAAUCGAACAAGGAGUCCAUCCCAAAAUGAUCUCUCAGGGCAGCUCAGGCAGUUACUUUGCGCGAAACAGCCAAGGAAAAGUCGUGGGGGUUUUCAAACCCAAAGAUGAAGAGCCAUAUGCAUCGAGGAAUCCAAAGUGGACCAAAUGGAUACACCGGAAUCUGUUCCCCUUCUUCUUCGGCCGGGCAUGCCUUAUCCCCAACUUGUCUUAUGUUUCCGAGGCGGCCGCAUAUGUUCUCGACUGCCAGUUGCGGACGCACCUGGUGCCAUAUACGGACGUGGUCUGGUUGUCUUCAAAGUCCUUCUACUACGACUUUUGGGAGCGAAGAAGCACCUGGGGCGGAAAGAAGAGCUUACCCGCGAAAGUGGGCAGUUUCCAAGUUUUCCUGAAAGGGUAUAAGGACGCAAACAUAUUCCUUCGUGAGCAUCCCUGGCCGGACCAGGCCACUGAGUUCCGGGCGGAUCUCGAACACACGCGAAAGAGAAGGCCUCUGUCCAAUUGCUUCCCUGCCCGUGGCGGACAGUCGUCGGAUGACGACGAAACACCCAGAGUAUUAUCACCUCCCCCUGAACAGACACCCAGAUUUCACUGGACCCCAAGGAUAAAACAGCUUUUCCGAGAGGAGCUGGAAAAGCUGGUCAUUUUGGAUUAUAUUAUGCGCAAUACUGACCGGGGUUUGGAUAACUGGAUGAUCAAGAUUGACUGGAAGAAGGAGGAUGUCACUCUUGUUGUAGAACCGCCAAAGCCCAACGGCAAGGCGGGCCAAGACGGUGAUGCCACACCUCGACCGAAAUCAGUGAGUCCAGGGCGACCUGAAUCGAACACGUCGAGGCCCUAUCGUCGAUACGAGGCCAUGGAGAGCCGGUCCGGCACUCCUUCAAAUGCCCGAGACGACAACCUCACGAUAAAAAUCGGGGCCAUUGACAACAGUCUGUCGUGGCCAUGGAAACAUCCGGAUGCCUGGCGGAGUUUUCCCUUUGGCUGGCUCUUCCUCCCCGUCUCUUUAAUCGGACAACCGUUCUCAAAGAAGACUCGAGAGCAUUUCCUACCUCUUCUCACCUCCACAGCAUGGUGGAGUCAAACGCAGCUCGCUCUGCGCAGGGUGUUUUCCUUGGACGCCGACUUCAAGGAGAGCAUGUUCGCGCGGCAGAUUGCGGUCAUGAAAGGCCAAGCGUGGAACGUCGUGGAGACGCUCAAGCAGGACGACCACGGACCACUCGAGCUGACCAGAAGGACCAGGGUCUGUGUCUGGGACGAUCUGGUCGACGUACCUGUGGCGAUACCGAUGCGGAUGCCCUCGACUGAAAUGAGCCGCCGCGCCCAUCACCGGUACGAUCCACAACAGGAAGAAAUGGACAUUGGAGCAUCCUAUGCAUCUGCACCACCCGCGGCAAGGCCGGCGCCGCAACAUGAUCUCUUGGGGUCAUUGACCCCGGACCUGCCGAAUCCCAACCGGUUCGACCUGACACGGGAGGACAGUGGCGCCGAUCUUGCCUCUGCCGCUGGGGCUGGCCCUGACGAAGAGGGACUGGGACCCAGCAGUCCCCCCGUCAAUAAUAACAACAACAUGCCGCUCUUCGAUGCCACAGACUAUGCCAAAGAAGCAAGGAACAGCUUAGGCAACAACACCACGCCCGCCGCCCUCCCCGCCCGGCCUAGUGCCAGGGGCGGCGGGAAGAACAGAUUCAGCUUCGAGUUCCCCCGACGUGGUGGCGAGCCGCCUUCUCAUCACUCAAAGUCAAGUAGUUCCAAACGCCAGCGGUCGUUGUCCACCCGCAGCGGCAAGCAGCCGCAAAUCUUUUAUGAGGGCGACGAUCUAGAAGGCGACUUGGGCUACGCCGCCGCCAGCGACAUGGAACAACAUAAGCGGAAAGUCAUUGUCGAGAGGUUGGAGACGGUCAAGAGCAAAAAACCCGUCUUCACAUGGUGUUAA